UUAAUUCAUUCACAUACUUAGGCAUCAAGACAUAUAAGAUAUUAGUAAUUGUAUUGUCACAUAUCAUCACACUGAAAAAUGGCAAAAACGUUUACCUUUCUUGCGCAGUGUAAAGAAUUGGUCAAAACCACUCCUAAUGCUGCUAAAGUUAUCAACUUCUCAAUCGCAAAACAAUCUCACAUUCAUACUCAAGGUGGUGAUCCAUUAGGAGCAAUAAAUCAAGGGUCAGAGAAUGCAAGAGAGGUACUUGAAGAAGUUGGUAAGGAAAAUGUGGAAACUGCAUGGGAUGCAACAAAGAAAACUGUACAAUUGGUGACUGAGACAACCACAGCUGAGGCUGAUAUGAAUGUUGUGGACACUGUGGAGUAUAGAAGUAGUGAAGAUUUAUCAGGGCAACUUGGAGAUGGCUGUGAUAAGAUUCAGUUAUAAUUAAUACAUAUAGGAAUUAAUAAGAGGGUAAUCCCAUCCCAUAUCUCCUAUGCUUUUUUUUUUUGUUUUGUUUUGAAUUUUAUCUAUAAUUGUUGGAUAUGCUUUUUCUUGUCUUUGUUUGUUUGGAGAUAGAGAGCCAAUUGAAUUAUCUUGAGAAA